AUGGCCGGUCUCAAGAACAUUCUCAUCGCCGCCUCGCUGCUGGCUUCCACCGUUGUGGCCAUCCCAAUGAUGGACAAGCGCGCCAUCUAUACCCAUACCGAAACCGAAAUUGCCUGGGUCACCGUUGAAGAAACCACCACCGUCUAUGUUGACGAGUCCCUGCCAACUCCUCCACCGGCUCCUGCCACCACCACCAUUGUCCCAGCAGCCAUCUUCGCUCAGACGUCGUACGUUCCUUCCACCUUCGCAACACAGGUCGCUAGCGUCUCCACCACAUCAUCGUGGGUCCCCGAGGUUCCUGCUGCUGCUCCUUCGGUACCAGCUUCAUCAGCCGCUCCAGUGACCCCAGAACCCUCAAACGUGGCUCCAGUACCAGUUCAACCCAAGGACACCACCGGCUCUACCACCGGAACUUGCGAAGGCUCAGGCAACACCUGCGUCGGUGAUGUAACUCACUGGGAUGGUGGCCUCGGCGCUUGUGGCUGGAACGUCGACACCAGCAGUCAAAUGGCUAUUGCACUUCCCUAUGGUUUCAUGGGCACUCAAUCCAACGGCAACCCCUUCUGUGGUCGUUCAGUGACUCUCGUCAACCCCGCCUCUGGCACUACAGUGCAAGCCACUGUCGGUGACAAGUGUAUGGGUUGUGAAGGUCGCUCAAUCGACUGCACCGAUGCGCUGUUCAACGCCAUCACCGAUGGAAAAGGUGAUGGUCGUCUCAGUGGAAUCCAGUGGUAUUUCUCCUAG